AGGAGUAGAAGAGAAACAGACAGCACAGGAGAAAUGUACGAGUAUUUCGUAGGAUUUAUGGACUGUAGAGAUAUGACAGCGUCAUAUGAUGGAGUUAACGCGUGAAAUGAGCACUGGACAUGUUUCAGGGAGAUCGUGGAUGAUCGCUGGUCCAAACUGAAAGUGUUUUCACGCGCAUCGUGUGCUUCCUAUUCCUAUCAACGUUUCAGCAAACAUGACGCGACUCGCAUUGGAACAAGUGACUGAUUUCGGCGAUUUCACGAAAGGAAAGAAUCUAAAAGAGUUUUUCAAACAGGCAUACUCCAACAUCUCUUCUCAAAACUGCCUGUCUGAUGUGCGUCUGAGUCCAGAUGGACGUCACAUUCAUGUCAUUGUGCGUCAGCCUAAGAGUGGUCUUAUGACACAUGACAAAUAUCAGCGAGCCCAUCUCAUGCAAUGCCAGAAGCACGUUGAUUUAGUGCUAACUGGAAAUGUGCCUAUAGUGGAUGUCAUUUAUAUCCCUCAAAGCAAACCAGAAGAUGGAGCCUCUGUGUUGGGAGUUAUUUUUGAGAAUGGAAGAGUGGAAUUCUGGAAAUUUCUAGAGUGCAGAUCAGGCUGGCAUUUACUCCAGACUGUAGAUCUGUGUAAGAGCCCUCGUGCUAAAGUAAUUUCGGUGUGCAUGUGUCAGAAUUUCAUUAUAUGGUGUGAGGAGCGACCACCAUCUGAGAACUCCAAUAGUGUGAGCAGCAACCUCAGGUUCUGCAUCUGCAAAAAGACUAUAGAAGUUAAUGAGGGGGGUGUCAGUUUGGGAAACGUGAAAAUUGCAUUGCACAAUAAUCCUCAAUACACAAUCAUCAGUUCUGGGGAUUUGGUCUAUCUGCUCCCAGAUAUGAGGGAAAACCGUGUUUCUUGCAAGGUGUUUCUUGCAUGGUCUCCUGAACAUGACAGCUUUAAAGUGCAUAGUGCCUGUAGUUGCACACUUAUGAAAAGCUCGAGCAAGGAAUCUGACUUCAAGAGACUUGUUACAGACUGCAUUGGCCUUCUAUUCACCAUAAAUCCUCCUGAUAUCUGUGGAUUCUCUCCAACUGGAUGUGGAGACCUCCUGCUCCUUCUCAGCACUGGUUGGGUAUGCAUUAUGAAGAGGGACGGCAGUCUUCACAACAUAUACAAACUUCCUGAUAACUGCCUAAGUGCUAGUGGGUCCCAAAAUAGCCUGAAUAUAUAUAACGAAAUCCUGGCACUAACAAUAGGCAGGACCCUCUUCUUAAUCGACACCAAAUGUGGUCUGGAAUUAGAAAGAAUAAGUCUGAAAACAGAAGGUCUUCUCUUCGUAAACACUUUGGAUAGUCACUCUCCACAAAUGCUGUCAGAAACAGGGCUGUUUGUGGUCAUACAAAACAUGAAGCCUUCUCCAAUGCUUUCAGAAGACUCGAGUGUACUCUUGGUUGAAGCUGUCUUUGAAGAGGCGUGUAAAUACUAUCAGCAAAGAAGUCUAAGUAGCACGCAGCUCACGGUGGAGAAGCUCAAAAACGGUGGAAUGUUUCAAGCGCCCAUAUCACUGGCUGCCAUCCUCAGGGAUUACCUCAGCAACCAGAAGACCAAAACUGGCGAGAAACAUUCUACAGGUCAAGAAAGGCUCAUGAGCUCACUCGAAUCGGAACUCAGGAGUCUUGUUUUGCUGGAGGACAUCAAAACAUCAGUGGUGAAGGCUUCGGAGAAAGAUCUAGAGAACCAUUGUGAAAGCUUGGUGCAGCAGGAGAUCUGCCGGCUGCUGAGUGGUGAGCUAGAGAGGGAAAAUCUUCAAUACCUGAACAGCAUCUUCCAUCUCUUUCCCACUUACUCCUGGCACGCAAUGCAAGCGGUUCUGCAUCUGAGGUGCAACGGUGAGGGUUUGUUGUCAUCUAAAGCUCCUGCUGAGUUAUGGAAAAUCAUCCUCAGCCCUGUGCAACCCACAGCGAACUUAGCUCACUGCAACGGUCAGCAGAAACACACUGCGGUGCCUGUGUUUGAGCUCUUGUGCCACUCCAUCUUCAAAUUCCAGCCCAGCUGGCUCCCCAGGAUUCUUGAACUGGCACAACAACAAUCUGGCGGGUCCUCCAAGUCUUCGUGGGGUUACGGCAUGAAGGAGAGCUCUGAGAGCUUGCCGCUCUAUAAACGGGCCUUGACGGUGCUCCCUUGCAAUGGAACCUACCAACACCUGAAAGUGGAGCUGCUUUUGUGCAGCGAGCGGCCUAAAGCAAUAAUGCAAGCGUUGCAGAUUCUCAUCAAGCAAGGCCAGUGGGAACAGGUUGCACAAGCAGCUGAGAGGUUCUGCCGGCAGAGCCCUCUUCUGAACAAAGAGAUUUUCAGUGCUCUGCUGUGUGAAGUGUCCCAACAUAGAGACCUGGACCCUUAUUUGGACCUGCUGUGGACUCUUUGUCCCGAGGACAUGACUGUGACGAGCAUACUUAAUAUUGUAUUGAAAGACCUGCCUGAUUUGACACAGAACUCAAGACCUUUCGAGGCUCACGGCAGCCAGGUCACCAUCAGGCUUUUGAAACCGCUGCUCAGAAAAGUUCUCCAAAGGGAGACCAAACCGAGCCAAAGGUACGCAGAUAUCCUUCAGUCACCCACAGUUCCUCCGCUCACUCCUCCACGCCAGCCAAAGGGACUUUUCAGAGAUGCUGAGCAGAAGGAAACCAAGCAGAGGACUUCCUCUGGAUCUCAAGCGACAUGUCAAGCCAGACUGAUGUGUCCUUUUUAUAGCCAUCACACGAAGGCAUGCUGUCACCCUGAUCCUAAUGUAAGGUCAGAGAUGACUAAUACAUUUAUUUUAUAAAUUCUUAGCAUAACAAUGUCUUGUUUUUCUGUUGACACUACAGUUCAUGUCAUCGUACGUUGGAGUACUUAUUAUUUUAAGAAAUUCCAUGGAAGAUGUAAGCUAAAAAAAUUAUUAGUCAUUAAUAAAAAUGUACAGUAAUAUAAAAUGUAAUGUGCAUGCUGAUGCAUUGGACAAUUUAGAUUUGUUCAUUUCAUGUUAAAUGCCUUAUGUGUUUUCAGGAUUGCUCUUGUAUUUAGUGCUAUCACAGGGAUUUUAACUUUGUAAAAAGCAAUUAAAUAUGACUCAUGUAUUGCUGCCACUCGUUUUCAAGUCUCUUUCUGAGCUAAAAGUGUCACAGCUGUCAUUAGUGAUGUAUGGUUUUGUGGUCAGGGAGGGGAAUUCUG